AUGGACAUCAAACAGAAGGCAGACUUUCUGGGAAUGGGCAGUGAACAAGCAGGCAUCACCCCUGUGCUCCUGGAGGUUCUGGGCAUCAAGUGGGCACUGCAGGGUGGGGCACGCCCACCUCCCAGCUCACCUAGCACUUUCUCUGGAGUGUGUGUGCGUGUGUGUGUGUGUGUGUGUGUGUGCGCGCUCGCGCAUGCGUGUGCAUGUUUGAUUUUUCGCUCCCGGCGGUGUGUGUGCAAGAGCAGGCCCUUGGACCUGGUCUUCAUCAUCGACAGCUCUCGUAGCGUUCGGCCCCUGGAAUUCAGCAAAGUGAAAACCUUCGUCUCCCGGAUCAUCGACACUCUGGACAUUGGGCCGGCUGCCACGCGGGUGGCGGUGGUGAAUUACGCUAGCACGGUGAAGAUCGAGUUCCAACUCGGGACCUAUGCAGACAAGCAGGCCCUGAGGAAGGCCGUGGCCCGCAUCUCACCCUUGUCGACGGGCACCAUGUCGGGGCUGGCCAUCCAGACAGCCAUGGAUGAAGCCUUCACCCUGGAGGCCGGGGCCCGGGGCCCUGCCUCCAACAUCCCAAAGGUGGCCAUCAUCGUGACAGACGGGAGGCCCCAGGACCAGGCGAGCGAGGUGGCGGCCCGGGCCCGGGCCUCGGGCAUUGAGCUCUAUGCCGUGGGCGUGGACCGGGCAGACGUGGAGUCCCUGAAGACGAUGGCCAGUGAGCCCCUGGCCGAGCACGUGUUCUACGUGGAAACCUACGGUGUCAUUGAGAAGCUUUCCUCCAGGUUCCAGGAGACCUUCUGUGCUCUGGACGCGUGCGCGCUGGGGACACACCGCUGCCAGCACGUGUGUGUCAGCGACGGGGACGGCCGGCACCACUGCGAGUGCAGCCAGGGCUACACCCUGAACGCGGAUCGGAGGACGUGCUCAGCUGUCGACAGGUGUGCUCUUAACACUCACGGAUGUGAACACAUUUGUGUGAAUGACAGGACGGGCUCUUACCACUGUGAGUGCCAUGAAGGUUACACCUUGAAUGAAGACCGGAAAACAUGCUCAGCUCAAGACAAAUGUGUUUCUGGUGCCCACGGCUGUCAGCACCUGUGUGUGAAUGACAGGUCUGGGUCUCAUCACUGCGAGUGCUUCGAGGGCUACACUCUGAAUGCAGACAAGAAGACAUGUGCAGUCCGUGACAAGUGUGCCCUGGGCACUCACGGCUGCCAGCACGUUUGUGUGAGUGACGGGACCGCGUCCUACCACUGUGACUGCUUCCCAGGCUACAGCUUGAACGAGGACAAGAAAUCGUGUACAGCCGUUGAAGAAGCCCGGAGACUCAUUUCCACUGAAGACGCCUGUGGGUGUGAGGCCACACUCGCCCUCCAGGAGAAGGUCAGCUCCUAUCUCCAGGGACUCAACACCAAGCUCGAUGACAUUUUGGAGAAGUUGCAAGUACAUGAAUAUGGACAAAUACAUCGUUAAAUUGCUCAAAAAUUUCACCUGGAAAUGUGGAGAUCUCAGUGUGAUAUGCAUUGCACACUUGUGUCUCCAAUGUCCCUGCUAAAAAUUUGCCAUUGUAAAUGCUUCAGAAUUACUGGAUAAACAGUAUGAGCAUUUUCUGGAGAACCAGUAUUAUUUUUCCAAGGAAAUAUAGGUGCAGAUCUUUAAAAGCAAACUUUAGUGUCUUUAAGCUAUAACUGUGAAAUGGUAGGUGCCAAAUAGAAUGAAAAAUGUUGUUUCUUGCUAGGCAUGAUUGCACAGGCCCCCCCACACACUUGGGAGGCUGAGGCAGGACAAUUGUUGAGAGUUCUCGUCAGCCUGGGCUAUAGCCAAUUUAAGGCAGACCUGAACUAUAGAGUAAGACUGUCUCAAAAAGCCAAAACAACAAUAAUAAUGUUUAUUUUAUUAUCUACUAAUUGAGCCAUUUACUUUUAAAUAUUUAUAUUAGUAAGAUAAUGGUAUUCACAUUGGAAACUUUAGCUCUAUUUUCUCAGUGGUAUUUAUAAUAUAAGCCAGUUUUAUUUCUGAGAGUGCAAAUUGUACAAAGUAUUUGCAUUUAGAAAGUUCAUAUAAUUAAAUUGAGAGGAAAAUAUAACUAACACUUUUCAUUUUUUGCUCGUCUUUGCUGAUCAUUGAAGUUGUGAUAAAAAGAUUGUAAUAUACAUGUCUAAAAACAGUCAAAACAGAUUAAUAUUAUAUGUCAUUUAAAACUCAUUCUGGUCUUAGACGUGCACAGAUGCACUAUGUGUGAAUUUAGAGCGUUAAACUUCUACCAAGGAUAAAAAACCCUAAAUUUACUUUAUCAUUUUGAUUUAGGACCUAAUCAUUAAAAUUAUAUUUAUAAAAUUGGCAUAACAAGGAACAAAAUUGAAUAUUGUCUUUCUUGAUGUUAGUGAU